UAUUUUCUUUUUUUGCCUUUUUUAUUUUUGUCUUUUCUACUGUUUUUCCUGUUUCACACCACUCCUUUUAUGUUUAUCUUUAUUGUUUUUUUAUUUAUUUUAUUUUUUUUCAGAUUGCAUAAAACCUUAGAAAUGGACAUCUUGAAGUUGUGGAUUCCUCAAUUGACCUAUUCCUGUAAUUUCUCUGCCCGAAUUUUCAAUCUGAUAGUGAAAGGGACUCGUAAUAGACACCUAUACAGAAAAUAUAUCAUAUGCAUGCAGAGAAUAGGAAUAAUUCCAAUAGUGUGUACCUGCUGCGUCCUCUGUAGAUCUUCGGGCAUCCCGCAAUGCAUACUGGGUCGCUGGACGCAUGCCGAUAUACGUGGAGUGCAAUCUGUUGGGAUACUUCUCGCACUCAUCGGCGCGGGAGUAAGGGAUGAGUAGAAUGUACAUCACGAGCACUGAAAGAUUUUCAUUUUCAUUUUAUGUUUUAUUUUAUUUUUUCAAUUGCAUCAGGAUGAAAUCUGCAUACUUAUGUAAGGAUGGGCUGAUAAAUCGAGGUAUAGUAAUCAUCAACAAUCAUCAGACAUCUCUACAGAGUAUGUAUGUACAUACAUAGGUUGUAUUGUAAAUUGAUACCUAGUAACCAUGGUAUGUAGAUGCACCCGGAAGGUGAUAUGGAUCGACACUCGCGACAU